CACUGGCCCUUGGAAACCCCAGAUGGUGGCACUGAGGCUCUGGACAUCCAGGCACUACCCCCCCUUGGUGGAAACAAUGAAGGGAGACACCAGACAUCUCAAUGGAGAGGAGGACGUCAGCGGGAGGGAAGACUCUCUCAUUGUCAACGGGGCCUGCAGCGACCACUCCUCCGACUCGCCCCCGAUCCUGGAGGCUAUCCGCACCCCGGAGAUCAGAGGCCGCAGAUCAAGCUCACGGCUGUCCAAAAGGGAAGUCUCCAGUCUGCUAAGUUACACUCAGGAUCUGACAGGCGAUGGUGACGGGGAAGAUGGGGAUGGCUCUGACACCCCAGUGAUGCCAAAGCUCUUCCGGGAAACCAGGACUCGGUCGGAAAGCCCCGCUGUCCGGACCCGAAACACCAACAGCACUUCCAGGCAGGAGAGGCCCAGGCCCUCCCCACGUUCCACCCGAGGCCGGCAGGGCCGCAGCCACGUGGAUGAGUACCCUGUGGAGUUCCCGGCUACCAGGUCGCUGAGGCGGAGGGCAGCAUCUUCAGUAGGCACACCUUGGCUGUCUCCUGCCAGUCCUUACCUCACCAUCGACCUCACCGAUGACACGGAUGAUGCAGUUGUGACACCUCAGAGCAGCAGUACCCCCUACUCCCGCCUAGUGCAGGAUGGUCAUCAGGAGUGCUUGGAGUCCCCCCAGGUGGAUGUAGAGAUUCGAGAUGCAGACACUGCCGAGUAUCAGGAUGGAAAGGAGUUUGGACUAGGGGACCUCGUGUGGGGAAAGAUCAAGGGCUUCUCCUGGUGGCCUGCCAUAGUGGUGUCCUGGAAAGUCACCUCCAAGCGGCAGGCCAUGCCCGGCAUGCGGUGGGUCCAGUGGUUUGGUGAUGGCAAGUUCUCUGAGGUCUCUGCAGACAAACUGGUGGCUCUGGGGUUGUUCAGUCAGCACUUCAACCUGACCUCCUUUAAUAAGCUCGUGUCCUACAGGAAGGCCAUGCACCAGGCCCUGGAGAAAGCCAGGGUGCGAGCUGGCAAGACCUUCACUGGCAGCCCUGGAGACUCAAUGGAGGACCAGCUGAAACCCUUGUUGGAGUGGGCCCAUGGGGGCUUCAAGCCCACUGGGAUCGAAGGCCUCAAACCCAACAACACGCAACCAGUGGUUAAUAAGUCGAAGGUGCGUCGUGCAGGCAAAGGGACCUUAGAAUCCAGGAAAUACGAGAACAAGACUCGAAAACGCACAGCUGAUGACUCAGCCACCGCUGACUACUGUCCCCCACCCAAGCGCCUCAAGACAAAUUGCUAUAACAAUGGCAAGGAUCGUGGGGAGGAAGAUCAGAGCCGAGAACAAAUGGCUUCCGAUGUCAUCAACAAUAAGAACAGUCUGGAAGAUAGCUGUUUGUCCUGUGGUAGGAAAAACCCUGUGUCCUUCCACCCUCUCUUUGAGGGGGGCCUCUGCCAGACAUGCCAGGAUCGGUUUCUCGAGCUGUUCUACAUGUACGACGAUGAUGGCUAUCAGUCCUACUGUACCGUGUGCUGUGAGGGCCGUGAGCUGCUUCUCUGCAGCAACACAAGCUGCUGCCGGUGCUUCUGUGUCGAGUGCCUGGAGGUUCUGGUGGGCACGGGCACCGCGGCCGAGGCCAAGCUUCAGGAGCCCUGGAGCUGCUACAUGUGUCUCCCACAGCGCUGCCAUGGUGUCCUGCGGCGCCGCAAGGACUGGACCAUGCGCCUGCAGGCCUUCUUCACCAGCGACAUGGGACAUGAAUAUGAAGUCCCCAAACUUUAUCCUGCCAUUCCCGCAGCCCGAAGGCGGCCCAUUCGAGUCCUGUCCCUGUUUGAUGGGAUUGCGACAGGGUACUUGGUCCUCAAGGAACUGGGCAUAAAGGUGGAGAAGUACGUUGCCUCGGAAGUGUGUGAGGAGUCCAUCGCUGUUGGGACUGUGAAGCAUGAGGGGAAUAUCAAGUACGUGAACGAUGUGCGGAACAUCACUAAGAAAAACAUUGAAGAGUGGGGCCCUUUUGACUUGGUUAUUGGUGGAAGUCCAUGCAACGACCUCUCCAAUGUGAACCCAGCCAGGAAAGGCCUGUAUGAGGGCACUGGGCGGCUCUUCUUUGAAUUCUAUCAUCUUCUGAAUUACUCACGCCCCAAGGAGGGUGAUGACCGGCCAUUCUUCUGGAUGUUUGAGAAUGUCGUAGCCAUGAAGGUCGGCGACAAGAGGGACAUCUCUCGAUUCCUGGAGUGUAAUCCAGUGAUGAUUGAUGCCAUCAAAGUGUCUGCUGCCCACAGGGCCCGAUAUUUUUGGGGCAACCUACCUGGGAUGAACAGGCCCGUGAUAGCAUCAAAGAAUGAUAAACUCGAGCUGCAGGACUGCUUGGAAUACAAUAGGACAGCAAAGUUAAAGAAAGUACAGACAAUAACCACCAAGUCGAACUCGAUCAGACAGGGGAAAAACCAACUUUUCCCUGUUGUCAUGAAUGGCAAAGAAGAUGUUUUGUGGUGCACUGAGCUCGAAAGGAUCUUCGGCUUUCCUGUACACUACACGGACGUGUCCAACAUGGGCCGGGGCGCCCGCCAGAAGCUGCUUGGGAGGUCCUGGAGUGUGCCUGUCAUCCGACACCUCUUCGCCCCCCUGAAGGACUACUUUGCAUGUGAAUAGUUCCACCUGGGGCUGUGGCCCCUGGGGUAGGUGGCAGAGCCAGAGCCAGGACCCAGGAGCUAUGCUAUGGUUCCUGAUUCCCCAGGCCCUGCCCUUCCUCACCUAGCUUGGCUGUGGGGCCUCCUGCGUACCUCAUUUCUUUCCUGGGCCAUGGAAGCAGAGCCAGCCACCUGACUGUUGCAGGGGGGCCCAAGGUGCCACCUCCUUGUGCACAACUCAGACUCGGCUGCUCGGGGCGGCCGAUGCGGUGCUCAUUUUUUUCUUAAAACUUAAAACUUGAAGUAGGUAGCAAGAUGGCUUUUUCCCCUCCUGGGUUUACCACUCAGAGAAACAAUGGCUAAGAUACCAAAACCACAGCGCUGACAGCUCUCCAGUACUCAGG